ACGGGCGUCGGGUACCCUGACUGUCCGAGGGGACGCGCUCGGGCCGACCAUGGGCCCCGCGGCGCGGCUGGCGUCGCUGCUGCUGGCGCUGGCGCUCGGCGCUGGGGACCCAGCCGGGGCCGCGACGCGGGGGGACACGUUCUCGGCGCUGACCAGCGUGGCGCGUGCGCUGGCGCCCGAGCGCCGGCUGCUGGGGCUGCUGCGGCGCUACCUGCGCGGGGAGGAGGCGCGGCUGCGGGACCUGACCAGGUUCUAUGAGAAGGUGCUUUCUCUGCAUGAGGACUCAGCCGUCACUGUGUCUAAUCCUUUGCUUGCAUUUACUCUCAUCAAGCGCCUGCAGUCUGACUGGAGGAACGUGGUGCACAGUCUGGAGGCCAGUGAGAACAUCCAAGCUCUGAAGGAUGGUUAUGAGAAGGUGGAGCAAGACCUGCCAGCCUUUGAGGACCUGGAGGGCGCGGCGCGCGCCCUGAUGCGGCUGCAGGAUGUCUACCUGCUCAGUGUGAAGGGCCUCGCCCAGGGCCUGUUCCAGAGAGUCACUGGCUCUGCGGUCACUGACCUGUACAGGCCUACACGGCUGUUCUCCCUCAGUGCAGAUGACUGCUUCCAGGUCGGCAAGGUGGCCUAUGACAUGGGGGAUUACUAUCACGCCAUCCUGUGGCUGGAGGAGUCUGUGAGUCUCUUCAAAGGAUCUUACGGAGAGUGGAAGACAGAGGAUGAGGCGAGUCUGGAGGACGCCUUGGAUCAUUUGGCCUUUGCCUAUUUCCAGGCGGGAAAUGUCUCAUAUGCCCUCAGCCUGUCUCAAGAGCUUCUCCUCUACAGCCCAGACAAUAAGAGGAUGGCCAGGAAUAUCCUGAAAUACGAAAAGCUCUUGGCAGAGGACUCCAAAAAGGCAGUAGCCAACUCUGCCAUCCGGAGGCCCAAUGUCCCGCACCUGCAGACCAGAGACGUCUACGAGGAGCUGUGCCAGACCCUGGGCUCUCAGCCCACUCACUACCAGAUCCCCAGCCUCUCCUGCUCCUAUGAGACCAAUUCCAGCCCCUACCUGCUGCUUCAGCCCGUCCGGAAGGAGGUCAUCCACCUGGAGCCUGACAUUGUUCUCUUCCAUGACUUCGUCAGUGACUCGGAGGCUCAGAAGAUCAGAGGGUUUGCAGAGCCAUGGCUACAGAGAUCUGUGGUGGCCUCAGGGGAAAAGCAGUUGCCCGUGGAGUACCGCAUCAGCAAGAGUGCUUGGCUGAAGGACACGGUUGACCCAGUGCUGGUGACUCUUGACCACCGCAUCGCUGCCCUCACAGGCCUCGAUGUGCAGCCUCCCUACGCCGAGUAUCUCCAGGUGGUCAACUAUGGAAUCGGGGGGCACUAUGAACCUCACUUCGACCACGCGACGUCACCCACCAGCCCGCUGUAUAGAAUGAAGUCUGGAAACCGAGUUGCAACGUUUAUGAUCUAUCUGAGCUCCGUGGAAGCUGGGGGAGCCACAGCCUUCAUCUAUGCCAACCUGAGCGUGCCCGUGGUGAAGAACGCAGCAUUAUUUUGGUGGAACCUGCACAGAAGUGGUGAAGGGGACGGGGACACACUUCAUGCUGGCUGUCCAGUCCUGAUGGGAGACAAGUGGGUGGCCAACAAAUGGAUCCACGAGCAUGGACAGGAGUUCCGCAGACCCUGCAGCCCACGUCCCUGAGGGUAGAGGCUUGGAGGAGAGUAUCUGGUGAUGCCUGUGGCUUUGCAGAGAAGCCGAAGCUAAGCGGGGUGGGGGGGGAGGGGACAGUCGGGUCACAGCCCGGGAUGCAGCCCUGUCUGUCGGCUCUGCAGCUGGGUGCCAGGACCUGCUCUCCUGCAGGGGAUGUGGGAGAAUUGCCAUCACUUAUCCUCAGGGCACGAGAGCCUGAGCAGGAUGGGUGAUCCAAUAGAGCGGACAUUACAGAGGGAGAAGUUUCUGGAGCCCAGACCCUCCCUUGGCACCAGGCCCUCUGUCUCUGGCCAUUCUGAAGCUGGCCCACAGUGGCCCUGAAGAGACCCGGAGGACACCCCCUGCAGCGGGCCCCCCGCCUGCCUUCAGAGCCCGUCUCCCGUCUGGCUUCUGAAGACCAGCGAGGACCCUCUCAGGUCAGGACUGUACCUCAGAUGGCUUUUUUUUCUUUUAAGCAGAAAGCAACUUUUAAAAUAUAAAUAUAUUUUUUAUACAGUUCUAAAGUAUGCUUAUGAAUUCUUUUCUUCAACCAAGAAUAUUGUUACAGGGGCCAGAGAGAUAGGACAGUGGUCAAAGCAAGUCUUGCCUUGUUUGUGGCCAACCCAGGUUCAAUCCCCCGCACCUAAAAUGGUCCUCUGAGCCCCACCAGAAGUGAUCCCUGAGCACUGCUGAGUGUGGCCCCCUCAACUAAUAAGGAUAUUGUCACAUUAAACACUGAUUGAACAAA